AUGGGAAAAUCACUGGUUAUUGAGUAUUUCAUGUCUCCUUCUACUACCACCCAUAAUACCUCAACGACUUCCCCGAGUGAAGAUGUGAAAAAGAUAUGCGUUAUCAUAUCCAUAGUGUUAACAGUAUGCGCUAGUAUUAUCUAUUCCUUGUUGCUACUGAGUCAGAAGGUGAGGUCAAUGUACCCACUCAACUACAUUCUGAUUGUGAUAAUAGCUAUCUUCACUACUGUGGCUACCGCGUGUUCAUAUCUUCAACAUGACACUACAUCUGCCCUCAUUUCUGUUGGUUUGACAGCUUUCAUUGCAUUCAUAGUGACAGUAAUCGGUUUCAAUUUGACGAGGCCCAACAGAAAAGGAAUCUUGGUAUUUGGCUCAUUGGAAUGCAUAUUCGUGUUAUUAGGAGUUGUUCUGCAUUUCAUUGCAUUAGCCGUGCCAGGCAACAGUACACAAGUGUUGAACAGCGGAAGAUAUGCGUAUAUCUUCACUGUUGACGAUAAACACCUUGAUGGAAAAGAAUUUGAAGAAAUGUGUCUUCGCAGUGACGGGAAAGUGAAGGAUUACUUGGGUGCCACCGCAUGUUUCUGUUGGAUCCUCACUGUUGUCAUUGUUUUACUGAUCACCGCCAUCUACUUCAAAUACCACAUAAAAUUCAGCUAUUCCAAAUUUCAAUUGACAUUUGAUGCUUUGACAAUCUGGAUGGGAGUUCUGUCACUAUAUGUCAUAAUAUCUAUAACAUAUUCGUAUGUUAAGACGCUUGCAUUCAUGGAAUCAUGUAAGACCAGAGUUCAUAAACCAAGCCUAUGA